AGAUUGGUCUACCCCAGCUGAUAAUGUGCGGUGGGCGCCGUGACGCCAAGGCGUGCGCUCUGCAGCGCGGGAAUAAGGUCUGUUGAGUUGGUGUCCGGCCCGGAUGCCUGGCUUCCAGGCCCUGCUGUUGUGGCGCUUCACAAUUCAUCCAGCUGAAGGAGGAGACCCGUUGAACUGGCUCUUCUCAGGGUGGAAAUCCAACUGUCUCAAUAUCAUCUGUUGAAGAACUUCUUUUUUCACUGAAUGGACUUGGCAUCCUUGUCAAAAAUCAGUUGGCCAUAAAUGCCUCUCUCUGAGUUUUCUUUCAAAGAUUGCACUGUAUUUAUUCACAGAGUAAUUGUGUUUUGGAUUUUGCUACUUGACCUUAUUAAAGAUGAAUGAAAAAAAAUUGGAAACAACUCCACAGCAGCGGAAACUUCCAGAAUGGAUGUCUAUGCAGAAUGAGAGAUGUCAUGUAGAAGAAAGAAAGGCAUCUGUUCAGAGGAGUAUUUUUGAAGAUGUUCUCCCCUUCUUAGAGUUCACUGGAUCCAUUGUUUAUAGUUAUGAAGCUAGUGAUUGUUCUUUUCUGUCAGAAGAUAUUAGCAUGAGUCUGUCUUUUGGAGAUGUGGUAGGAUUUGACAUGGAAUGGCCACCAGUAUACACGCCAGGAAAGCAGGGCAGAGUUGCACUGAUUCAGUUAUGUGUGUCAGAGAGCAAAUGUUACUUGUUUCAUAUUUCUUCUAUGGCAGUUUUUCCUCAGGGAUUAAAAAUGUUGCUUGAAAAUGAAGCAAUUAAAAAAGCAGGUGUAGGAAUCCAAGGAGAUCAGUGGAAACUUCUAAAGGACUUUGACAUCAAAUUGAAGAGUUUUGUGGAGCUGACAGAUGUUGCUAAUGACAAGCUGAAAUGUAAAGAGACCUGGAGCCUCAAUGGUUUGGUUAAACACCUCUUUGGCAAACAGCUUCUGAAAGACAGGUCUAUCUGCUGUAGCAACUGGAGUAAUUUUCCUCUUACUGAAGAUCAGAAACUGUAUGCAGCCACUGAUGCGUAUGCUGGUCUCAUCAUUUAUCGAAAAUUAGAGAAUUUAAGUGAUGCUGUGCAAAUGUUUGCUAUAAAAAAAGAGGAAGAAAUGCUAUCUAGUGAUGUGAAGAAACAACUGAUUUCAGUAUCUGAGGAUAUGAUGGAUCUGGCUAAGCGUCUUCCUGACACUUUGAAAAAAUUGGAAGAUCCACAGAGGAUUUCUACACUAUUAAAUGAUAUUUCAGAAAAUCUGUAUUCAUGGAGGAAGACGAUAUUUGGUUCAAUUGAGCCUGAACUGAGGCCCAGUGCUAAUUUUCACUUAUCACCAUUGGAAAAUCCAACUUCUGAUGGAGUACAACAGAAACAAAUUAGAGAACAUGAAAGUUUUACUAAAGUUAAAGAUGAGACGUGGGACACAACACUUGAUAUAAUUAAACAUGAUGAGGAAAAUGUACUUGGAAAUGAAGUAAAACAAAGAGAAGAUGGGCUUGAAGAUGUAUUAGAAGAAGACAAUAAGUUGAGAGAGAACACAGAAAGAAUUUGUUUGCACUCAUUAGAUAUUACAGAAUAUGAACUACAGAUUUUGGAGCAGCAGGCUCAGGAAAAAGUUCUUAGUGAUGUUACUUGCAAAUCUCCUGAGGAUUUAUUUUCCAAGGAUAAUGAAGAGGAUGUAUCUUAUGUAAUUGAAAGUGAUGAAGAUUUAGAACUAGAGAUGAUUAAGUCUUUAGAAAAUCUAAAUAGUGGCACGGCAGAUUCAAUUCAUUCAAAAGGCAUAAAAAUGGACAGAAAUCUGGAUGUUCCUUUUGAAGAUGAUGAAGAUGAGUUUGAAACUAUUAAAGAAGAAGGAGAUGAUGAAGACCAUUCAUUACCAGGACCUAAUGAAAUGCAAAUUAAUUUCCUCAAGAAGUACUUUGGCCAUUCAAGUUUUAAACCGGUUCAGUGGAAGGUGAUUCAUUCUGUACUGGAAGAAAGAAGAGAUAAUGUUGUUGUGAUGGCAACUGGAUAUGGAAAGAGUUUGUGCUUCCAGUUCCCACCUGUGUAUGUAGGCAAGAUUGGCCUUGUCAUCUCUCCUCUUAUUUCUUUGAUGGAAGACCAAGUGCUCCAGCUUCAAAUGUCCAACAUUCCAGCUUGUUUUCUGGGAUCAGCACAGUCAAAAAAUGUUCUAGAGGAUAUUAAAUUAGGCAAAUAUCAAAUUGUGUAUGUAACUCCAGAAUUCUGUUCAGGUAACUUGAGCCUACUCCAGCAACUUGAGGCUAAUAUUGGUAUUACACUUAUUGCUGUGGAUGAGGCUCACUGUAUUUCUGAAUGGGGACAUGAUUUCAGGAAUUCAUUCAGGACUUUGGGCUCCCUAAAGAAAGCACUCCCCACGGUUCCAAUUGUUGCAGUCACUGCUACUGCAAGUUCUUCAAUCCGGGAAGACAUUAUACAUUGCUUAAAACUGAAGAAUCCUCAGAUUACCUGUACUGGUUUUGAUCGACCAAACUUGUAUUUGGAAGUUGGACGAAAAUCAGGAAACAUCCUUCAGGAUCUAAAGCCAUUUCUUGUCCAAAAGACAAGUUCCACCUGGGAAUUUGAAGGUCCAACUAUCAUCUAUUGUCCUUCCAGAAAAAUGACAGAAGAAGUUACAGCUGAACUUAGGAAGGUGAAGUUAGCCUGUGGAACAUACCAUGCAGGCAUGUGUGUUACUGCAAGGAGAGAGGUUCAUCACAGGUUCAUGAGAGAUGAAAUUCAGUGUGUCGUGGCUACCAUAGCUUUUGGCAUGGGCAUUAAUAAAGCUGACAUUCGCAAGGUCAUUCAUUAUGGCGCUCCUAAGGAAAUGGAAUCCUAUUACCAGGAGAUUGGGAGAGCCGGCCGUGAUGGACUUCAGAGUUCUUGUCAUGUACUCUGGGCUCCAGUAGACAUUCAGUCAAACAGAAACCUCCUUACUCAGAUACCCAGUGAAAAGUUUCGAUUAUAUAAACUAAAUAUGGUGGCAAAGAUGGAAAACUAUCUUCUUUCCAGAAGAUGUAGGCGACAAAUCAUCUUGUCUCAUUUUGAAGACAAACAACUACGAAAGGCCUCUGUGGGUAUUAUGGAAACUGAAAAAUGCUGUGAUAAUUGCAGGUCCAGAUUGGAUCGUUGCUUUUCCAUCGAUGACUCAGAUGAUACCCCACAGGACUUUGGUCCACAGGCAUUCCAGCUAUUAUCUGCUGUGAACAUCUUAGGAGAAAAGUUUGGAAUUGGGCUUCCGAUUUUAUUUCUCCGAGGAUCUAAUUCCCAGCGUCUUGCAGAUCAAUAUCGCAGACAUGAUUUAUUUGGCAAUGGCAAGGAUCACACAGAGAAUUGGUGGAAGGCUUUGUCCCGUCAGCUCAUGACUGAGGGAUUCUUGACGGAAAUUCCUGGGUCUUCCAAAUUUAUAAGGAUUUGCACUCUUACGAAAAAGGGUAGAGACUGGCUUGAUAAAGCCAAAACAGAAUUUCCUAAGAAACUUAUCCUUCAAGCUAAUGAAGAAUUGUGUCUAACAGAGUUUCCUCAACCAAGUUCUAAAACCAUAUCACUUGGCAUGCAACAGUGUUCCUAUACUCAAGAACCAACUGAAUUCACUACAGAGAAGCAGUCUAACUUGGAGAAGAUGUAUUCUUACAAAGCAUCUGAUAAAAUUUCUUCUGGCAGUAACAUUCCCAAAAGAAGCAUCAUGGUACAUUCACCAGGAAAAUCUUACAAGUCCUCAGAACCUGUUAUUUCAGCUGAAGAGCAGAAGACUCAGACUAUGCUGUAUAGCAAACUGGUGGAAGCAAGGCAGGAACAUGCCAAUCAAAAGGGUGUUCCUCCCGCUAUUCUGGCAACAAAUAAGAUACUGCUGGAUAUGGCCAAAAUAAGACCUACUACAGUUGAAAAUGUGAAAAGGAUCGAUGGUGUUUCUGAAGGCAAAGCUCUUAUGUUGGCCCCUCUGUUGGAAGUUAUCAAACAUUUCUGUCAAAAAAAUAGCAUUCAGACAGACCUCUUUCCAAAUACAAAACUUCAGGAAAAACAAGGGAACAGUCUGGUGCCGAAAAAUGGAGCAUGCUCCCUUUCGCAGUCUGUGGCCAUCACGUAUUCUUUAUUCCAAGAAAAGAAGAUGUCUUUGAUGAGGAUAGCUGAGAAUAGGAUUCUGCCUCUCACAGCAGUUGGCAUGCACUUAUCCCAGGCGGUGAGAGCUGGCUGCCCACUUGAUACGGAGCGAGCAGGCCUGACUCCAGAGGUUCAGAAGAUUAUUGCUGAUGUUAUCCGAAACCCUCCCAUCAACUCAGAUAUAAAUAAAAUCAAACUUAUUAGAGCAUUGGUUCCUAAAAACAUUGACACAUACCUUAUCCAUAUGGCAAUUGAGAUCCUGGAAAAAGAUGGUGACAACAGACGGUUAGACCAGCUUUCCUGUGAUUCCACCAGAAAGAGAUGUUUCCCCAACUCUGAAGAGAGCUGUUCAAGUUCUAAGAGAAGCAAGGAAGAAGUAGGUGCUAAUACCAAGAUUUCACUUGUAACCUCAAUGAGAAAAUUACCUGAGUGGUUUGCCAAAGAAAAUGAGACUUCAGCUGAGACCAGCAAGCAAUCAAUGGCCAAAACAAAAAAGAGAGGUCUUUUUAGUUAAAUUGGUGAUUGCCAGAGGAAUUACGUGUGUCUUGCUGUAUUAUAAGAGGGGAUCUUGUUUCAUUUCUGAAAAUAGCGGGGGCCAAAAUUUCAGUUUAAAAAUUAUUCUAAUCUCUAAAGUAAAACUCACCUAUUUGUUGAACAGCUGGCAUCUCCUUGUACAGUUACUUGAGUCUUCCGAGAGCCUGAGUGAGUACAUUAUAGAAUAGAGUAAUAGUUUCCUUUAAGAUUGCUUUAAGAAACUCUGUUACUGCUCAGUUUUCUAAUCUCUUUAUUUCAACAGUAUAUUUGGAAAUUUUAAGGAGUGGUGAUUUGAUAUAAAUAACAGAUUGGUAGUUGUGUGGUGAUUGUGUGUGUGAUAUAAAUUCUUCAUAUAUUACCAAAAUUCAUCCUUGUAAAUUAAGGAAGCAUAGUUAUUUUACAAUUGUCCUUGCUAUCUUUAGAAGAAACUCUUACAUACAUUGAUAAAUGGUAUUAGUAAACCAGACCAGUGAAAAUUAAGCAUUUUGGAUUCCAUGUAAGUAGGGAAAAAUAAUAUUACAAAGGAGACCAAUUGCAUUGGGCAUCUGUGCCCUUUGAUUUUAUAUACUACUUUUUUUAUUUUUCAAAUAAUAAAUUCCUUCAUACUGAAUGUUACAAAGAUAUAUAUAUGUAUAUAUAUAUAUAUAUAUAUAUUUUUUUUUUUUUUUUUUUUUUAACUUUUAUUUGCUUAAUUACUUUGAGCACCUUUAGUUUUUGAGGAUGUUGGAUUCGAUUCUAAUACCUCUUUAUGUAGUAUGUGCAACUUUAGUAUCAAAACCCAUACUCUGGCACUGGGUUUUAUAAACCAUAGUUAAUAUAACUUUAACCAGUUCACCAUAUGGCCUUUAACUGACUUUUCUGUGACUAAAGAUAAUUGAUGUUAAUAAGAAAUAUUGCAGAAGAAGUAGAAAAUCCAGAGAAAUGAAAAAAAAAAUAAAUAAAAAUCGCCGGUGGUUUUACCAUUAGGUAAUCAGUUGACCCCUUUUGUGUAUCCUGCUAAACCUCUUUAUAUUCACUUUAUUUCUUUGUUAUAUGAAUAAUACAUGAAUGUAUUUACUUUGUAAACACUUAAGUGAAAACACAAAGUCCUCUGUAAUCCCAUUUCUCACCAUGUCAGUACCAGCCCCUUUCCAGAAGGUAGACCCUGUUAAAUGUGACCUAUAGCUCUCUAAUCAUUCUUCAUUCAUUUACAUGCUUUACAUAUACAUCUACACCCACAUUCUUGCUUUUCAACAUGAAUCAGAGUCCACUACGUGCAAUUUCCUGCAAUAAACUCUUUUCACUUAA